AUGAGAAACGAAUAUGGGCUAAGAUCCUAUGCUCGAGGUUAUUUUGCUCGUCAGAAAUUAAAACAUGAUGUAUGGAAAGAAUUUGAUGAGAUAUUUAUGGUAUUUAAUGAAUCAAACAAAUUGCCUCUUGCACUUGAUGUAUAUAAAAUCAUAAGAAGACUGAUGUUUCUCAUCAAUGAAGACACCAAUGAUAAAGAAAGAUUUGAAAAAUUAUGUAAAUACAUCAUAGCAAGCAUUGAUAGUGAUUCUUUGAAAAAAAGUUACAUUGCGGUGGCCUUCAAUAAAGAACUUGCUGUUGCAUGGAUACAUCAUUUGAAAACAUUAUUAUGGCAAUGCUGUGUUUAUUUAAAAUCCUUAAAGCCUGAGAGACCUCAAGAUUCUAAAUCAAUGAUGUUAUAUCUUCAUAUGUUGGUAACAUUCACUAGCACUGGAACAUGGAAAGUGCUGAAUAACAAACAAGGAGAAGCAUUAAAGCCAGCAAUGAACCAACUAUGUGCAAAUAUUAUGGGCCAUCUUGUUACUAAAGGGCUAUACUCUGUCCUGCAAGGUGUCCUGUUAAAAGGAUUAGUUAGAGUGAAGCCUUGCUUGAAACGAGCUACACUUCUUGCCAUUACAAAUUUAUCAGUACGUCCUGUCGUUUCUUCCCAAUUUUCCAACAACUUGAUGAAUUUGUUCCUUCUACAUGUAAUGUCAGUUCCUGCUUUAAUGCUGCAUUUUCACAACUCCGCUUCAGAGUGUCUGAUAAUAUUGUCAAACCAUGAAAUUUUCAAACAUGCUUUGGAUUUGCUUGUUUCUGAACAAAAUACAAGAAUAUUAUUUAAUGCUCUGGAAGGGAAUUAUGCUCUUUGCCUUAUUGCUAAUCUUAUUCACAUGGGCCAUUCUGAUCUUGAAAAUCUCCAAACAAAUUUACUGGAUUUCAUUAAUGUUAUUACCAGAAUUAUGGAAAGCUGUCAAAAAUAUGUUGUAAACAAGCAAUCUAAUCUGACUCAUUGGCAUCCAGUGUUAGGGUGGUUUGCACAAAAAAUUGACCUUGGGCUUCACGAAUCUUUGUCCUUAGUAAAAAAGCAAAUUCAACUUUUGUGGAGUGGACCAAUGAUUACGGCAAUAUUUUCCCAUUUAGUUGACUCUGUGUUAGCAGCUCCACAACCGUCUAGUCCUACUUCAAAUCAGACUGUAACAUCUCCUGUCCAAAGUUCUCCUUUUAAAACAAGCAUAUUCAAAAAGGCAUUAGAGAAAGCCUCAUCUAGUCGUUUAGCUACUGUGCGCUACAAGCGGUUGGGUAGUCCAGAAACCACUCUUGUAGCAUUAACAUGCAAUCUGUAUGAGACAGCACUUGCAACACUAACUCAAAUGAAACUGGACAUUCUUACUGGUCUAUGCUAUCAAGAUAUGGUGCUGCCUAACCUAUGGAAAUUUAUUAGCAGUCUUGGUCCUGGAAAUGGUCUAAAAGCAUUUUUAGACCAUUUAGCAGUUACAACUAAGACGUGUAGUCCUGAAUUUCAAAUUUUAGUCCUAUUCUGUGAUUGUGCUACUCAUUUAAUUACGAUUCUUGAUGAUGUUGAAUUAUAUGAGCAGCAGAAACCAUUUUGCCUUGAUGACUUAGUCUCCAUAUCAUCUUUCCUAAAUCAACUAGUGUUUAAACUUAUAUGGAAUAAUUUAAUUGACUCUAAGGCUGUCAAAAGCAAUGCAUUGUUAACUUCUGCCCAUACAUUAUUAAUGCUCCUCUAUAAAAGAGAUUGCAGACACUCUUAUACUCCACCAGAUCACUGGCUGAUUAAAGAAAUUCGAGUCAGUUCUUUUAUGAGUGAUCUAGAAAGAGGGAAAAAAACAGCACAAGUUCUUAUGCAGAAAGUUCCUCACAUCAUUCCUCAUAAAGAGAGGGUUGUUUUGUUUAGAAAAUAUGUUAAUAAUGAGAAAGAAAUUCUUGGUUUGACUGAAUCAGCUUGUGCAUCUCCUCAAAGCACCCUUAUUACAGUUCAUAGAUCCAGAAUAGUUGAGGAUGGUUAUCAACAAUUAUCUAUGUUACCCUCUCAAUCUCUAAAAGGUGUCAUCAGAGUAAAAUUUAUAAACGAACAAGGGCUUGAUGAAGCGGGUAUUGAUCAAGAUGGCGUUUUUAAAGAAUUUUUGGAAGAGACAAUCAAAAAAGUUUUUGAUCCAUCUCUGAAUUUGUUCAAGGCAACUAGUGAAGAAAGGCUUUUUCCUUCUCCAACUUCCUAUAUUCAUGAAAAUCAUUUGUCUUUGUUUGAAUUUGUUGGGAAAAUGCUGGGUAAAGCUGUUUAUGAGGGCAUAGUGGUUGAUGUGCCAUUUGCUUCAUUCUUUCUGAGUCAAGUUUUGGGUCAUACACACAGUGCUUUAUACAGCUCUAUUGAUGAAUUACCUUCUUUAGAUCCUGAGUUGUACAAAAGUUUGACUUACAUCAAGCACUAUACAGGUGACUUGCAUGACCUUGACUUGACAUUUUCUAUUGAUGAAGAUUGUAUGGGGCAGUUGGUAACUCAUGAGCUUAUACCUGGAGGCAAAGCCGUUCCAGUCAGCAAUGAAAAUAAGAUUAGUUAUAUUCAUUUAAUGGCCCACUUUCGAAUGCAUAUUCAAAUACACGAUCAAACAAAUGCAUUUAUUAGAGGCUUUAGAUCCAUUGUUAAUCCAGACUGGUUGACAAUGUUUUCUACUCCAGAACUGCAACGCUUGAUUUCUGGUGACAAUACACCAAUUGACUUAGCAGAUUUAAGAAAACAUACCAAGUAUUUUGGAGGCUUCCAUAAUAAUCACCGAGUUAUAAAUUGGCUUUGGGAUGUACUUGAAAAAGAUUUUUCUCAAGAAGAACAUCGAAUGUUUUUAAAAUUUGUUACUAGCUGUUCAAAGCCUCCACUUUUGGGUUUUGCCCAUUUAGAGCCUGCCUUCUCUAUUCGAUGUGUGGAAGUCAGUGAUGAUCAGGACACAGGUGAUACUGUUGGAAGUGUACUUCGUGGCUUCUUCACCAUUCGUAAGAAGGAUCCUGUGAAUCGCCUUCCCACAUCUUCUACAUGCUUUAAUCUUUUGAAACUUCCAAAUUAUCAGAAAAAGAGUACUCUAAGAGAAAAGCUUCGUUAUGCAAUUGCAUGCAAUACAGGCUUUGAACUUUCGUAAUAACACCUUGAAUUUUCUUGUAGGCACACUUUAAUAUGCACAUCUAUUAAGGCACUGUAAAUAGACAUUUCCACUAAAAGUUAUUUUUAUUAUUUAUAUUGCUGAAAAAAAAAAUUCUGUUAUUUCUUGAAUUUUUUUUUUUUAAAUACAUGUCAAGAAAAGUUUAAAAAUUCUUUUGUUCAUUGAGGAAAUCACACUCUAGGCUGUUUUAACUUUCAGAUAUUUAUGCCCAUGAAUAAAUUUGCAAUUUGCUGAAAUGUUUUCGUGUUUCUCAUGUUUUGUUUUUGCCUGUAAGAUGCAUAUUUUUGAAAAUAUCUGUAUAUAUAUAUGUAAAUGUUACUCUUUGAACAUGAAUGGUUCUGUAAUCUGUUGGCAAAUUAGA